AUGCAGCUCCUGUGCAUUUGCCUGCUGCUGUUCUGCAUCGCGACUGCGGCUGUCGCCCAGCUGGAGGGAUGGGAGGACAUAACGCAAGUGAUCGUCGCAAACAUCACCGACAUCGACCAACCGGACCCGCGGCAAUUGGAUGAGUUUGUCCGCCUCCAGGGCCGCCUGCAGCGGUCGACGGGGACGUGGAAUGCGAACCACCCGCGGUAUCGGCUGCUCAUGGCGCUGUAUGGGUUCUCGCGGUACAAGGAGAAGAACCUUGUGGAGGUGAAGCGGUGGCGGGAUUUGUAUAAGCAUGUUCCGCAGAAGCAGAAGACGUUGGUCGAAAAAACCAUCGGCUACACACGCAAACUCAACACCGUCGAGCACCUCUUCGAGGACAACGACAAGAUCGCCGCGGAUAUUGUGCGGCACGCGCUGGAGUUGUACGAUGUCUCGCAGAGCGAGCUGGACGAGUUCAUCAAGGAGGUCGAGAAGGACAAGAAGACGCCUGAUCGGACGAGCGUCGUGCAGGCCAUGAAGCAUUUCGUGCGCGAUUGGUCUGAGGAGGGGAUUAUCGAGCGGCAAGACUCGUUCCCUUGUAUUCUCAAGCAUCUUGCGGAUAUCGAUCGGUCUGAGCGGCCACUCCGUGUGUUGGCGCCGGGUGCGGGGGCGGGGAGGUUGGGGUAUGAGAUUGAUGCGCUUGGAGGCUUCGAAGUAACCCUCAACGAAUGGUCCGCAUACAUGAACCUUGUCCACCGCUACGCAACCCAAGUCUCCACACCAAACAGCCUAACCUACCACCCGUACAUAGACUGGUGGUCACACCACGCCACAACGAGCGAGAUGCAGCGCGGCGUGACAUUUCCUGACUGGGUCCCCUCGACGUCCAAGGUCGUCAUGGUCGAAGGCGACUUCACCUCCGUCUUCCCCGACAGCGAAUCUGGGACCUACCACGUCCUCGUAACCCUCUUCUUCAUCGACACCGCACGAAACCUCAUGGCUUACCUCGAGACCAUCCACCGGCUGCUCAAGCCUGGCGGGACGUGGAUUAACCUGGGACCAUUGCUGUAUGGGACGGGCCCGUGGUUGCAGUUUUCGGUCGAUGAGAUUGUGCUUGUUAGUGAGGCGCUGGGGUUUGAGUUCAUUAUUGAUCAUGAGGAGGACAUCUGUGGGGCUCAGACACCUGGGGAGGGGUUGGAGGGCAAAGUGAAGAGUUUGUAUGUGCCGUAUGGGCAGAAUGCCAGAGGGUUGAGUCGGAAUGCGUAUGAUGCGCAGUUUUGGAGAGCGAGAAAAGUGUAG